AUGACGAUCUGGGAAUUCAUUAUCUCAAAUUCAAUACCACUUACGUGUGGAAAUUCACCCCAAUUCCAUGGACGACGCUCUUCUGGUGCUAUUUGGCCCCGUCCGGCGGUGCUCGCCAUGUUGCUUUUGAAGCUUAUAACCAGAGAAUGGGUGAUCAAGGGAUGGGUUACCCUACUGUUUGGAUAG